UUCAAGGGUCGUUGUCGGCGCAGAUUGUGCUAGACUUGCUAGGAGACUCAAGAUGGAGAAUCUAGAAGUAGUAGUACUUGCAGGCAGCUCAGCCAUUACUGGGAUUAUUGGCUACUACUUAUGGAAGGAAGCAAAGUAUCUCGGCCAUGUCAAGGAUGCACCUCGUCUUACCAUAGAUCGUAACUUCAAAGCCAUCGUUGAUGAAGCCCCAAAGCACACAAUACCGUACGCAGUCGUUGAGGGCAGUGUUGCCGCACUAGGUACACCACUCAAGAGUGAAAACGCAUCAGGUCUUCUUGGGGUGAUUCAGACAUUAAUCUGUAGAGAACAUAAAACUUACUGGAGUGGUAGCACUCGGUUGUGGCAUGACACCACACGGCUGAUCAGAAACAUAUCCCACACGGUGCCAUUUGAACUACGGGGCAACAAGGCAAGUGUAAAGGUCGAUGACCCCCUCUCAGCCGUCGGACUUGAAAUUCCCAUCGUCCACGACUCCUUUGAGCCCUCCUCUACAUCUCUGGGUGAACACAUUGUCAGCUGGGCCAGCGGGGAAAAAACAAAAGGCUUCCAAACAAUGGAGAGAAUGCUCUCGGAGGGGACGGUUCUUACGGGUGUCGGAAUGAUCUCAACAUCAACUGGUACCUUGAUGCUUGGUCCCCCUGCUACCUCGGAUAGACUCUACAUCCUAGGAAGGACUGGCUUUAGCGGUGUUGUAAGAGACUUACAGUCCAAGUUGAACCAGCUCAGGUUUAUGCUGUAUGUUAGCGGGUCUAUCACGGCGUUGCUGUCUGCCUUGUGGGCGUACAGGUGGUACAAGCAGUACUGCGAGAAGGUUGCUCACGAAAUGCAAGUGGAGAGAGUGCUUCAGAACCGGGCCCAGGACGAUAACGAAGGGACCAAUAUCGAUCAAGAGAUCAAUGAAGACAACACGUGCACGAUUUGUCUAACCAAUCGGAGGGAUGUGGUGCUGCUGGAAUGCGGGCACAUCUGCACGUGUGCGCGGUGUGCGAGAUUACUACAACCUCCACAGUGCCCAAUAUGUAGGCAACGUGUCAAACGUGUUGUACCACUUUUUAAUGCGUAGCAUUCUUAGAAACAAUUGUGUGAACAAAAAUCAGUUUUAAAAAUCGAUUUGGUUGUAAUUAGACGAUAGGAAAAAGUUGUGGGUGUAAAAGACAUCAUUGGAUACCGGUAUACCAUUUUAUCAUGUCUGUUAUAAAGGCAAAGUAUAUUGGUUUUUUGAACCGCGUUGGAUUGUUUUAAUCAAAUGUAUAAAAUCAAACUAACAUGUGCAAAUUUCAUUUCAAAAGGUGGACACGCUUUUGAAAUAUUGCUGAAAUUCAGAAAUUCAGAAAUUCAGUCCAUGCAGGAAGGUUAAUCCGUAAACGGAAUACACUAUCUGAGCAUGGAGCAAUAAACUAGUUUAUUGCUCCAUGAUCUGAGUAACUUUACUCCCAGUACGCUUCUAAGAUUCAAACUUUUUGGGCAUAAAAACGGAUAUCUUUUUACAUAACCGCAUAACUUUGAAGUGAAUGUUUUCUCAAAAUGCUUUAAACCACCGUAAGCUGCAGUAGGCUUCUAACCCCAAAAUUGUAAUGCCAUUUAUUAAGAGUGAUUACCAAAUGUAUACCUUCACUUAACAAUGUUUUUAAAGCAAAAAAUUGUGAAUUUGCAGCAACACCAAAACAAUAAGAAUUUUUACUGUAGGAUGUAAUGGUUUUGAUUAAUAUACAUGCUUUAACCAUGUUAUAUGAAACAUUAUCAUGUUAACAAAAUAGCGACCGAGCCUGGACUUAAUGAAGUCAUGAUUUGUACACGGCCCAGUGGAAGAAAACCAUAAUAAAUCUUGUAUUUUAUAGAGAUUGCACCGUCUGGUAUUUAGCAACUUUUGGUUGAAGAAAGGGUGCACAAUCUCAAAAUUUCUUCUUUUUCUAUUUAAUUAUUAAAGGCAGUGGACACUAUUGGUAAUUACUCAAAAUAAUGAUUAGCAU